AUGGCAAGCCUACUCGACUACACUUUCCACCACUUCGAACUAGUAUGGAUACAUGCAUGCGUCGUCGUGUUGGCAGCCGAUCGUCGCUGCAGUGGUGGUAGUAGCAGCAGCAGUAGUGACAAGAAAACUGAAAUCGGUGCUAAUCGCAAAUAUUUAGCCGGGAUCAUAAUGGGGGAGAGAGUACUUGUCACGGCUGUGGCAGCUUCAGUAGACAGGGGAGGUGGUGCAGGCAUAAGUAGCAAACGAUGCUCAACCCCUCUCGUCAAAACACGCCCAAAUCCAGGAAAGGGCAACUGGGAGCAGCUCAUUAUGGAAUGCCUGGAUACCUACGACACGCCGGAGAACUUCCGCUUCUUCCGUCGCCACUCGGGGCUGCUGGGACACGACAUCGCACACGUUGGUAAUCCAGAUGUGUGCACCGCAGCCGGUCACAGCUUCUUCUGGGGCAUGCUCGUCUUCCGUUUGGAGCAAGCCCCAGGCUAUCCUCCCCGCGACGUCGGGCUGGAGUUCAGCCUUUGCGUGCCCAAAAGCUGCUCGUUUUCAGUUGUGGAAACCAUCUUCGUGCCAUACACGCUGGGGCGCUACCUUGGCCUCAACUGGGGCCCCGAGACCCCGGAGGUCAUGUCGAGGUGGAAUGUGGACAAGGCAAAUACGAUCCCUGUAGAGGACAUGGUGAAUCACUUCGUCCACAAAAUUGUGGCGAAGCAUCCGAAGGGCCCCGGCGGAUGGUACGAGCAGGAGUGGCCCUAUCGACAAAAACUGUGGCAGUACCAGCCGAGCUGGUGGCCAGGGACCGGAAGCUGUGCGGUGCUCGCAGCACUGGCAGUGCCUCCACUGAUCGCUGGCAUGUGCCUGCAGCUGGCAAGAUGGUUUGGCUUGGGUGCCCAGCACGACAAGGCUGCGCCCAAUGGGAGCAGAAGUUCCUGGCUGUAUGGCCUACGAACCUUCGCCCCGCAGCGGCACAUCCACGACCUUUGGGUCGCCAGGAGCGGAGCUGAGGAGAUGCCCCAGCUCCACGUGCUUCGACUGAUUCUCCAACUCCUGGUCUGCUUCCAGCAUACGAUUUUGCUGGUCGACUGGUUGGGCGGCAGCGGCUUUUCUGGGAUCGAGAGCUUCCAGCCCAUCACCAGCCAAGUGUCGAAGGUGCUUGGUCGGGUGAACCACACGUUCGCCUGCCUCUCUGUCGUGUUGAGCAUCCGGUCCAUGGGGGGCACCUUGCGCGCAGUUCGCGCGGCUGGUGGAGGGCUUGCAAGAUCCGUCCUGGCUGCCACGACCUGGACGAUGAGAAGAUGGCUCAGGCAGGCGUGCCAUCUUGCCUUUUGGAUGCUCUUCGGUUCUUCUAUAUUCACCUCGCGAGAGAGAUCCCCUGGAAGCCCUUCCCGAACUUCACUUUGA